AGGAUCCCUGUGAUGCCAGGCAGGAAUAGCCUGCUUCGGGACCCAGUCAACUUCCAGGGCCUUUCCUGAUGCUUCUUCUACCCUUGUGUUUCACUCAGCUCUCUAAAUUGACUCAGCUACAGGUCACCACCAUGAAGUUCUUAGCAGUCCUGGUGCUCUUGGGAGUUUCCAUCUUUCUGGUCUCUGCCCAGAGUCCGACAACAGCUGCUCCAGCUGACACGUAUCCAGCUACUGGUCCUGCUGAUGAUGAAGCCCCUGAUGCUGAAACCACUGCUGCUGCAACCACUGCGACCACCACUGCUGCAACCACUGCGACCACCACUGCUGCAACCACUGCGACCACCACUGCUGCAACCACUGCGACCACUGCUGCUCCUACCACUGCAACCACCGCUGCUUCUACCACUGCUCGGAAAGACAUUCCAGUUUUACCCAAGUGGAUUGGGGAUCUCCUGAAUGGUAGAGUGUGUCCCUGAGAUGGAAUCAGCUUGAGUCUUCUGCAAUUGGUCACAACUAUUCAUGCUUCCUGUGAUUUCAUCCAACUACUUACCUUGCCUACGAUAUCCCCUUUAUCUCUAAUCAGUUUAUUUUCUUUCAAAUAAAAAAUAACUAUGAGCA